UGCUUCAAGACACGGAGCUCAGCCACUUCUGCAGCAAUGGGGAAAACCAGGAGGAUGGAUCCCAGAUGUAAAUCAGUAGAUGUGGCUAAGGACCUCGUGGACUGGCGUAAGCCACUGCUGUGGCAAGUGGGCCACUUGGGGGAGAAAUACGACGACUGGGUGCAUCAACCUGUGGAUCGUCCCAUACGCUUGUUCCACUCCAAUUUCAUGGAGUCCCUCUCCACAACAGCAUGUUUUCUCUCCCUUUCUUCCAGGUACACUGUCUGUUUAACCUGGAUUCCAAUAGUGCUCUGUCUGAGCUGGUACUGUUAUACAGCUCUUGCCCGGGAAGACACGAGGCUCUUUUCUACAUUCACAACAGCUUAUUCCAUCCGUAUUCACAAAUACUGGUUCCCCCUGCUCUUCCUCAUGGGAAUGUGCAUUUGGACCUUCCUGGAAUAUCUCAUCCACCGCUUUGUGUUCCACCUGAAGCCACCGGCCAGCAGCUAUUACCUAAUCACCUUGCAUUUCUUGAUGCAUGGCCAGCAUCAUAAGUCUCCAUUUGAUGACUCCCGCCUGGUUUUUCCACCUGUACCAGCAGGGCUGAUCAUCCUUGCAAUCUAUGUUAUCACCAAGCCGUUGUUCCCAAACGCAUUUGGGCUCUCCUUAUUCACAGGGGGGCUCUUUGGCUACGUUGUCUAUGACAUGACACACUAUUACUUGCAUUACGGGUCACCAGAGAAAGGCACCUACCUGUACAAACUGAAGGCCUAUCACGUAAAGCACCAUUUUGAACACCAGAAAGCAGGCUUUGGUAUUACCAGCACAUUCUGGGACUAUCCGUUUCAGACCCUCAUCCCAGAGGAAACCUUUGAGAACGACAACUAGCUGCACCAGCUAUUCUGCUGCCUGGUCAUUUUGGCUUCUGAAGCUGCUUUUGUAGCCUUCUCCUGUCGUCGGUAGACUUCGCAGAACUGGAACACUGGGGUGGGGGCGUUUGGAAGGAAGCCUGGGGCUGUUCUUUAGUUGUGCUGCUUUUUCAGGCAUAGGUACUCUGUGCAAGUUGUCCUCUGGGAGGCAACGUGGCUUUAAGAAGCUAAUAAAGUGGAGAGAGCAGGGUGGUACCCUUGGUGUCAUGGUCAGGAUGAGAGUCCAAGGGGGAAAUUCUGCCCAGCACUCCAAGAGCCAAGCAUCACUCUGUAAGUAUUUUGUUUCAGAGCCCACCAGACAGCUGUCUUGGAAGAAUUGUAUCCCCUGAUGUAAAGUGGCA